AUGAAUCGGGUUAUACAAGACAGCAGGCUGGUCCACUGGAAGAAGGCCGUGGGGGUGGUCUUCUGCUGCGCCUGUCUCGGCAAGUGGAGCCCCCCAGGGAAGGCGCAGGCGUACCCUGAGCAGAAUAGGACACUCAGCCUGACCUCCCACCGCAAGGAGAAUGUGGAGCUGGGGAUGUCGGGGCGCAGGAUUCGGGCCUGGAUCCGAGGGAGAUCGCUCCGCCUCGCCGCUCAGAGCCAGGGGAAAGAUAAUGCCAUGGACCUGGCAGCGCUGCGGAACGACCUGCCCACCACCUUGGACAACCUGUACCAGGGCCACCUGGAGCAGGACCGACCCUGGAGCCUGCCCAAUGGCCAUGCCUUCCCCACCGGCGAGCAGGACAAGGCUGGGCUGCUGGCCGGCGGCGACAUGAAGCGGUCACAGCCACUGGUCAUCCAAGUCAACAGGAAGCUGAAGGAGGAGGAGCCGCGAGCCUCGUCGCUGCCGUCCAUCCCCAACCCCUUCCCCGAGCUCUGCAGCCCCUCCAAGUCGCCCAUCCUCAGCAGCCCCUCGGCAGGGCAAGGCCCGCAGCAUGAAAGCGGCCCCCACGUGGUAAAGGUCUUCAGCGAAGACGGCACCUGCCGCUCGCUGGAGGUCACGGCAGGCGCCACGGCCCGCCACGUCUGCGAGAUGCUGGUGCAAAAGACUCACGCCCUCCACGACGACAGCUGGUCCUUGGUGGAGCGCCAUCAGCACUUGGCUCUAGAGCGGUGCCUGGAAGACCAUGAGUCGGUGGUGGAGGUCCAGGCCACCUGGCCCAUUGGGGGAGACAGCAGAUUUGUCUUCCGGAAGAACUUUGCCAAGUACGAGCUGUUUAAAAGCUCACCGCAGUCCCUGUUCCCCGAGGUGAUGGUCUCCAGCUGCUUGGAUGCCAACAAGGGCAUGUCCCACUCGGAGCUCAUCCAGAACUUCCUCAAUUCCGGCAGCUGCCCAGAGAUCCAGGGCUUCUUGCACCUGAAGGAGGUGGGGCGCAAGGUCUGGAAGAGGUUUUACUUCUCCCUCCGCCGCUCAGGGCUUUACUACUCCACAAAGGGCACAUCUAAGGACCCACGGCACCUACAGUAUUUUGCUGACCUCAACGAGUCCAAUGUCUACUUCAUCACACAAGGGAAAAAGCACUACGGCACGCCCACCGAGUUCAGCUUCUGCAUCAAGCCCUACAAGGUACGCAGCGGCAUGAAGGGCCUCAAGCUAUUCUGCAGCGAGGACGAGCAGAGCCGCACCUGCUGGAUGGCCGCCUUCCGCCUCUUUAAGUAUGGCGUGCAGCUCUACAGGAACUACCAGCAGUCCCAGGCCAGACGCAGCCACCAGUCUUGGAUCAGCACCACGCCCCUGAGGAGCAUGUCUGACAACACCUUGGUGGCCAUGGAUUUCUCGGGGUGCACAGGCCGGGUGAUUGAGAACCCCAACGAGGCGCUGACGGUGGCUCUGGAAGAGGCUCAGUCGUGGAGGAAGAAGACAAGUCACCGCUACAGCCUGCCAACUCCCUGCCAGGGCUCCCCGCUCAGCACAGCCAUCCAUCGAACACAGCCGUGGUUUCACGGGCGGAUCUCAAGGGAAGACACACAGCGAUUGAUAAUCCAGCAGGGAUUAGUGGAUGGGGUGUUUUUGGUGCGGGAAAGCCAGCGGAACCCCAAGGGGUACGUCCUGUCCUUGUGCCACCUACAGAAAGUCAAGCACUAUCUCAUCCUGCCAAGCGAGGAAGAGGGGCAGCUUUACUUUACCAUGGACGAUGGCCAGACGCGCUUUGCGGAUCUCAUCCAGCUGGUGGAGUUUCACCAAAUCAACCGGGGCAUUCUGCCCUGCAAGCUCAGACAUUACUGCACCUGCGUCGCCUUGUGACAGGCCCCCGGUGGGUGGCAGGGCUCUGCGACGGGCCACGGCCAACGGGCCACCAGCAGGACUAGGAUCAACUCAAACUUCUGCCCCUCGCCCCACUUCGGCCAGGACAGCGGUGGCCGCGGGGGACGGACCUGGCUCGUGCUCCACCCACUGCUGGGGUGUCAGUCACCACUCAGCCCCGUCAAGUGAGCACCGGCCGGGUGAGAGGCCGGGAUGGCACCCCCAGCGCCCAAGGAGCCUGAAGGACCGAAAAUCACCGUUCCAAAGGGAGUCCUUGCCCUUGUGCUUCCACCAGCUCACAGCCUCAGCUCACUGCUGCCCUUCCCCCUGUACCCCCGCUCCCAUCUCUCUCUGCCCCAUUUCCCUCUGUCCUGUAACCCUCCAUGCCUGUAUUCCCCUUCUCACCUGUAUCCCUGCACCCCCAGCUCUGCCCCAAUAUGCUCUACCUGUUUUGAUCCUAGUGUUUCUCCUCCCUCCCCACCAGCUACUCAGUGUUAAUGGUCGUAUUCUCAGUGCCCUUGGGAAGCCAAGCCGGGAGCUUAGGGAUGGUCCCGUUUGGUAUGUCCCAGCACUCUCCCUGCACCCUGGAUGCUCUGUUCUGCGUCCUCCUCCCUGGGCCCCUGCAGCCUCUUGGCUGGGUUCGGCGCUCCUCAUCCUUUGGGAAGAUCUACCCACUCGUGCACUUUCUCCCCUGGGUUCCCACCUCUCUGGCCAGUGACCGCUAGGAGCCGAGCCCGGGGGGUGGCUUUCCUCUUCCAGUUUCCACUUCUUUCCGUCAGACCAGUGCCAGAGUGGCUCCUUCUAACCUAGACCACUGGCCUCCCUGGGGGUCGGAGUUCGGACCCUUCUGUGCACGGACUGAGGCCCACCUUUCUGCUCCCCAUAGCAGCAACCUGCCUGAGGGCAGUCACCAUUCCUCGGCCAUGGAGAACUGUACGUUGGUGGCAGUGGACCCUGAUAAGUAGUGCAGAUCCCACGCACGUGCCCCCUGUGUGGGAGUGGCCACGUGUCCCUUUCUGAGCUGGCGGGUGAAGCCGGCAGGCCCGGUCACAGCAAGAAACAGUACCCAGCUGUAUUUGUGCUGGCUGGGGUUAGCCACGGAUUAUCAGCCCGCAUGGAGAGGCCCGGGUGGAUGGGGGUGGGGGGGCAUCAAUAUUGAUCGUAGAUAACGUUCCGCCAACAUGGCUGGCCUUGCUCCCAAUCCUCCGGGAGGAAGUCCCUCCUUGGGAACGAGGCGGAGGGGCUGGCCAGGAGCUAGGGUGACUCAUACAGAGAUUCCUCUGCCAUUUGCCUAGGGCCAUGGGAAUCAAGGUGCAGUUGGGUCCAUUCAGGCUGAGCCACAGGCGGGGAAAACCUGGAGGUGCAGGGAGUCCAGGGUCAUGCUUCGAGCUGGGCCUUGUUCAGAUGCUGGGGGCUGGUCCCAAGCCCUGCUCUGGACAUGGCAGGGGGGGAGAAAAGGGGGCUUCGGUGGCAGGUGUCAAGGGCGAGAGCAGACAAGUGUAAAAGCCACAAUAAGGAAAGAGCUGGGCUUUUCCCUGUCCCUUCCUGUCAGCCCAAAGGGGCUUCCGCUCUCUGCAGUGUAGGCUGUCAGGACCCGUUGAUGGGGCUGUGCACAGGUCUGGAAAGUCGGGGGCGGGAGGGGAGUAUGUUUCUAUCUCCGACUGCCUAGAUGCCGACUGUCCUUCCAAACCCAUCUCUGUGUGCUGCACUGUGCUGCAAGCACUGAACUCAACACGCCAGAGACCCCCAAAGCCAGGACUGCCUGGGGUGCUACCAACCCCCAUAGCACCAAAGACCCGUAUGGGGGAGACAGAUGUGACCCACUCGGUGCGGAGCUCUGUCCCCUUCAGUGGCGGCUAGGCCACAUACAAAGCCUGCUGUCGGCAGGGCUAACAGAGGUGGGGGGUUUCAGCUCAGGCAGUAGUGACAGGUAUUAAGAUCCCCAGAUUCACCUCCUGCUGCUGCUAACCCAGCCAGGGGUGCGGUGUUGCCAUGUUAGAAGGAUCCCGGGUUUUGCUAAGAGGACGGAUCUAUCUCUGUUGUAAAUACCUGAGAGGCCAGUCGAACUGUGAUGUGUUUUAUACAAGUGGUAAUAAAUGUUAUUUUUUCAUAUCCUUACUUUUAUUUUGUACAAAAAAGAGAAAAAUAACCCAAAUUAACACCAAGCCCUGUAAGAAGACAGAUUUAUCUCUAUUUAUAUCUACUCCAAAAUCUUCUCACUACAAAUAAAUCUCGUCUACUUCA